CGCCGCCCGCUUCCCACAUUCAAUUCGCCCAGCGGCCACCGCCAUCUUACAGGGCAUUAUCGCGAGAUAGCUGCAGCCUUUGGGCUGCCGACUUUCCUGCGAUUCACAGUUCUCGCCGGCGCUGAAGGAAGUAUCGCGAGAGCUGGUUGCCUUGGCUCCCUGUAGCUAUAGCAGCCGCGGCGGUUAAGGAUACGACGGCGGGAGCGCCUCGCCUAAGGCUGGACCCGGCCAGCCAGCCUGCACCUGGGUCCUCUAUGGCAUGGCGGGAAUGGUGGCGUUCCGGAUCCUCACCGCCUCCCUUUUCGCCUUUCCAAGAAAUACUAAAUGAAGGAACAUUGACUUGUGAAAGAGGAAGACCUGGUGAACUAGUAGUAGUUGGAGUGGUUCUUUCAGCUUGAGAGACUAUGCUCUCCGGUACAGCUGGCUAUUCUAGUCCCAGAAGAAAAGAGAAGAGACUUUCUGAAGGUCUGGUUGAGAGGGUAGAAGAAAUUUGGGGCAUAUUUAAAACCACAGCAAAGAAUAUCAACACAAAUCCCGCAGAUAUUCCAGACAAACUUCUUGGCAUUGUGGAUCUUUUCGGUUGUUGAGAACUUGGUAUUUGCUACAGAGAAUGAUGAGACAGGCACCAAGAGGGCAAGAAGGGCUUACGCUGGAGUCCUGCCUCUCCUGCCACUUGGAAAACUCUUUAGUCACCAAGAAGGAAUAUAAACAAGACUGAAGAGCAUGUCUCUCCCUGGUCCUGUGUACUGGUAGAGCUGAGGAUUCCCUCUGUUUUCACCAGGACUUUUUGGAAGGCAGUUCCAGAAACAUAGAAGGAAGCAGUGCUUCAGGACUUAUCUGCAUAUGUCCUGUGCCAUGUUACAUUUUGAACACUGAAGUCAGGGAAGGACAGCUUCAUCAUCUGGAUCUAAGAGAAUACCUGAAUCCUUUGAGCUUACAUACAUGAUAUUUGGAAGGUUAUAAACUUACAGUCAUUCAUUAUAAACUUACUAAAUUCUGGAUUCUUUUGAGGACUUCAGCAAACAAAAAUUCCCUGCCAAAAAGAUAUAAAAGGCUCCUUUUGUGCUUUUGGACUAAUGUGAACAAUAAUGUCUUGGAAAAGAAGUUAUUUUUCAGGGGGCCGUGGUACUGUCCAAGGGAUGUUUGCACCUCGAAGCUCAACUUCCAUAGCCCCUAGCAAAGGCCUCAGCAAUGAGCCAGGGCAAAACAGCUGCUUUCUCAACAGUGCUCUGCAGGUUUUGUGGCACUUGGACAUAUUCCGCCGCAGCUUUAGGCAGCUUACAACUCACAGGUGCAUGGGAGAUUCCUGUAUCUUUUGUGCUCUUAAGGGCAUCUUUAACCAGUUUCAGUGUAGUAGUGAAAAAGUACUUCCAUCUGACACUCUUCGAAGUGCUCUUGCAAAGACUUUUCAGGAUGAGCAACGCUUCCAGCUGGGAAUUAUGGAUGAUGCUGCGGAAUGCUUUGAAAACCUCCUGAUGAGAAUUCACUUCCACAUUGCUGAUGAAAGCAAAGAGGAUAUCUGUACUGCUCAACACUGCAUUUCUCACCAGAAAUUUGCAAUGACGUUGUUUGAGCAGUGUGUAUGUACUAGCUGUGGUGCCACUUCUGAUCCGCUGCCAUUCAUUCAGAUGGUACAUUACAUCUCUACUACAUCUCUUUGGCUCAGUACUGGCCAGCAAAGUGGGAGGAGGAAUGGGGAUUCUAUGAGCUUUGGAUUUUGGGACAGCAAUCAGGCUAUUUGUAUGCUGGAAAAGCGAGAGAAACCUUCACCAAGCAUGUUUGGUGAGCUGCUUCAGAAUGCCAGCACCAUGGGGGACCUGCGGAACUGUCCAAGCAACUGUGGAGAAAGGAUCCGGAUCCGCCGUGUGUUGAUGAAUGCACCACAGAUUAUCACAAUUGGGCUGGUGUGGGACUCUGACCAUUCAGACUUGGCAGAGGAUGUCAUCCACAGUCUGGGCACUUGCCUUAAGCUGGGUGAUCUGUUUUUCAGAGUGACAGAUGACCGGGCCAAACAAUCUGAACUGUACCUAGUAGGAAUGAUCUGUUACUAUGGCAAACAUUAUUCCACAUUCUUUUUUCAAACAAAGAUUCGCAAAUGGAUGUAUUUUGAUGAUGCUCAUGUCAAGGAGAUUGGUCCGAAAUGGAAAGAUGUGGUAACCAAAUGCAUCAAAGGGCAUUAUCAGCCCUUGCUGCUGCUAUAUGCAGAUCCCCAGGGUACCCCAGUGUCUACCCAGGACCUGCCUCCUCAAGCUCAGUUCCAGUCAUAUACCAAGACGUGCUAUGAUAGUGAAGAUUCAGGGAGGGAGCCUUCCAUCUCAAGUGAUACUCGAACAGAUUCCUCAACGGACAGCUAUCCCUACAAACACUCCCACCAUGAGUCUGUGGUCAGUCACUUCUCUUCUGAUUCUCAGGGAACAGUCAUCUAUAAUGUGGAGAAUGAUUCCAUGUCUCAGAGCAGUCGGGACACAGGACACCUGACUGAUAGUGAAUGUAAUCAGAAACACACAUCAAAGAAAGGGUCCCUGGUAGAGCGUAAGAGGAGCUCUGGCCGUGUUAGGAGGAAAGGCGAUGAGCCCCAGGCCUCAGGGUACCACAGUGAAGGAGAAACACUGAAAGAGAAGCAGGCUCCCAGAAAUGCCUCCAAAUCAUCCAGCAGCACCAGCAGGCUAAGGGAUUUCAAGGAGACAGUUAGCAAUAUGAUCCAUAGCAAGCCCUCCUUGGCUUCACAAACAAAUGCAGGAUCUCCCUAUGUGGGCAGAGCAGGAGACCAGCUGGGCAAAAAACCUUCCAAGAACUUGCCUUUGCACUCUGGGGACUGGGAGAUGGAGAGUACCAGCAGUGAGUCGAAAUCCAGUUCUUCCAGCAAGUGCCGCCCAACAUGGAGACCUAAACGAGAGUCUCUGAAUAUUGACAGUAUUUUUAGUAAAGACAAGAGGAAGCAUUGUGGCUACACCCAACUUAGUCCUUUUUCUGAAGAUUCAGCUAAAGAAUUUACACCAGAGGAACUAAGCAAGCCACCUGCUUAUGAUAUUAAAGCUGGUGGACCAAGCUUGCAGUAUAAGCCCUGGGGCCCAGCCCGGCCUGGCUCUCACCUGUUAGAGCCGCAUCCUCGCCUCAUCCAGCGAAUGGAGUCUGGCUAUGAGAGCAGCGAGAGGAACAGCAGCAGCCCUGUCAGCUUGGAUGCGCCCCUGCCUGAGAGCGUGAAUGUCUGCAGGGAUCAAAGUGCAAAGAGAUUAGUUGGAUUUGUCCCUUCUUGGCGUCAUAUCCCGAAGUCUCACAGCAGUAGCCUCCUGGAGGUAGACUCCGCAGUUCCUCUGAGUGCCUGGACAAAGACUCAACCCCUCUCAGGUGAGGAGAUAUCCUCUAAAAGUGAGCUGGAUGAGCUACAGGAAGAGGUGACCAGAAGGGCCCAGGAGCAAGAGCUUCGAAGGAAACGGGAGAAGGAAUUAGAGGCUGCUAAAGGGUUUAACCCUCAUCCCAGCCGAUACAUGGACUUGGAUGAACUACAGAAUCAGGGGAGGAGUGACGGCUUUGAAAGGUCCUUGCAAGAGGCAAAUUCAAUAUUUGAAGAGUCGCUGCAUCUGGAACAAAAGGGAGACUGUGCUGCAGCUUUGGCUCUCUGUAACGAAGCUAUCUCUAAACUAAGACUUGCCCUGCAUGGUGCCAGCUCUAGCACGCACAGCAGAGCCCUAGUCGAUAAGAAGUUGCAAAUCAGUAUUCGAAAAGCACGGAGCCUGCAGGAUCGCAUGCAGCAGCAACUGUCAUCGCAGCAGCCGGUGCAGCCCUCAGCCUCUCUCCCAUCACAGGGGGGCGCCCUCCCUCAGCUGACAAGUGAACAGCCUAUCCCGCUCAAAGUAUUGUUAAGCCAGGAGGCCCAGCUGGAACCCUGCAAGGAUACAGAGUUUGGGGCCAGUUCUGCUUUCUUCCACUCACCUGCUUCCUGCCAUGAGUCACACUCAUCGCUCUUCCCAAAGUCACCUGCUCCAUCUGUUUCACAGUACAGAUCCCAUAGCAGAUCUACGUUGAUGUGUCUGACUUCGGUUGAGGUGGACAGCAUUGAUCCCUCUGCAUUCCACAGGCAGGGUUCACCUAAAUCAACAGGGAGGAUUGAGAUGAAUUCUCAGCAUGAAUGCCUGUCAUUGGAUGCUCUUGAGGAUAAGCUGCAAGGCCACAAGAACAAUAGCAUCUGCAGCAAGUUCCCUCCACAAGACGGAAGGGGCAUUGCUCAAGAACAGCUGUAUGAAGAAAAGAACCCUGCUGAUGCACUCUUGGAGAUGCCUUGGUCACACUCAACAGGAGAAGCCACUUCAGAGAGAGGCGAUCCACAUAGCCUAGGUUGUAGUCCUUCAAGUUCAUCAGUUCAGUCCAAUAUUCCCCCUUACAGGGCCUACCAUCCCAUAAUGCCUGCUGCUUCUUCUCCUGUGCUUCACUCUACUGAUCCUGUGCAGGAAACUAACCAGUAUCUCCAAGCCCAAAGCUUCCAAGCCUCGUUGUCUUCAAAAGUAGUUGGAGACAGUGAGGACCCCUGUAGGCCAGAGUUCCCUAGCACAAAGGGACUAGUGCGCUCAUUGGCAGAGCAGUUCCAGAAGAUGCAGGGUGCCUCCACACGGGAUGUUAUAGGUUUUCAUGACCAAGGUUUUCCAAAUGGUUUAAGGAAGGACUCUUCUCCAUCUGACCCAAUGCCUCCUUUUCCCCAGGGUCAAGGCAAAGACCACUCUCGAUGGGUAAAGCAACAGCCUUCUCUGGAUGGUAGGGAGGAACUACCUUCCUGGGAAGAAUCUGCUGACCAUCCUUCUUUUGCCAUGGACUCUGGGCUACCUAAUGGGGAGAUCUCUAGAAGAGGACAGUCCAGGUUGGCAGAGCCAGAUAUAUACCAAGGGAAGCUAUCCCAAGUGACUGAUGCUAGGCCUAAGGAACUGGGUAGCAGUAUCAACUUGGGGACAUCUUUGCCUUUGGAUUCCUGGGUAAAUGUCACAAGGCUCUAUGAUUCUCAGAUUAAACAUAGAGUUCCUGGGCCUGGAAUCCAGUCCUCCUCCCAUGACUCUCAUACCUGUGUAACCUAUCCAGAGAGAAAUCACAUCCUUUUGCAUCCACACUGGAACCAAGACACAGAGCAAGAGACCUCAGAAUUGGAGUCUCUCUUCCAGGCCAGUCUUCAGACCUCUCAAACUGGCUGUUCUGGAUGGAGACAGCAGAAUGUGGAUUGGCAGCCACUUAACCAUACAGGCUCUGCAGAUGGCAUGGGGAGGAGAUUGCACUCUGCCCCUGGUCUUCAUCUCUCAAAGACCCCGACAACAGAAAUGGAGCACGUUUUCCAUGAAACAAGCACUGUGCCUGCAUCUCAGGCUGCAGCUUGCCGAGGCCUCAGCAGGGAAUAUGGGGAGGAUGAACAGUACAGUGCAGAGAACUUUCGCCGCAUCUCACGCAAUCUCAGUGGCACCGUUGUCUCAGAGAGGGAGGAGGCACAAGUCUGUUCUCACAGUUUUGAUUCAUCAAACGUGAGGAAAAAGACUUUGGAAAUCGGGCACCAUUGUUCCAGCUCCUCUUCCCUCCCUGUCAUCCAUGACCCUCCUGUAUUUCUCCUUGAUCCCCAACUCUACCCUCCCCAAGCACAGUUCCUGUCCCCAGAUGUCCUGAUGCCCAACAUGACAGGGGAACCCUGUAGACCCCCAGGAACUUCGAGGAGUGUCCAACAGUUUCUGGCUAUGUGUGACAGGGGUGAAACUUCCCAAGGGGUCAAGUACACAGGAAGGACUUGGAACUACCGAAGUCUCCCCCAUCGUUCCAGAACUGAUGCUUUCUGGGCACCGUGGUCAGAGACCAACCAGCACGUUGGGGCCAGAGUCUUAACUACUCCAGCAUUCAAACCUCAGCUAACCCACACUGCCACAUUAUCAGAAAGAAGCCAGGGCCUUCAGGUUCCUCAUGCUCAGUCCCAGGGGGAUCUUUUCCAUUCACUCUCCCACCCUCCUGGUGUCCAUCCAAUGUCUCCAUCAUCCAGUAGUCUUCAUUUAGCCCCAAUGUCAGCUUGGAAUUUAGGUCCUGUUCUGGGGUCCCGAACACCUGGUCCUCGAAGAGUGGAUAUGCCUCCAGAUGACGACUGGAGGCAAAACAGUUAUGCCUCCCAGUCUAGGCACAGAAGGACAGGAGAGGAGAGAAUUCUGUUUGUUUUAGCAGAUGCCCCUGGAAGAGAGCAGAACAGGGCUAGAUUUUUGCAGCACAGCAGGUGGUAAGGGUCUUCUCUUACCUUUCCUGAGCCAUACACUAUUCUCUCCAAAAUGACUAGCAGAGUUAAUGUUUUGCAUCCCUGCCAUAAUCAUGCUAUUCUCAUCUCAACUUCGAAUUGGCAGUUUCCAUCCAGGCAGCACAUUUCUGCAAUCCCAGCAGUUGGGAAGUAGAGUCAGGAGAUCUUUUUUUUUUUUUCUUUUUGAGACAGGG